UAGGUGGCAGCACCGCUGAAGAAGCAAACUUUAAUAAUGGUCGCACGUAAACAAUGAGAAAAUUGGUCGCGAAACCCCAAAUUUGAGAGAUAAAAGGGUUGAGUGGCGGGCACCGAUGGCAAAAUGCUCAAGGCGCGACUCACCGGGUUCAAAGACAACGCGCCGAUUUCAAACGCGUCCACGUCGGAAGAGCAGGACGUCAAAAUCGAGGUGACCAACGAUGAGGAGAGAAUGGCCGAGACGAAGGUCGAGGAAGCUCUUGCCUCCGUGCCGGGCCUCGAUUUCUCCGAAGAAGAAUUUGAGGAGAUGAGCGAGUACAUUGACAUAUCAGAAAUCGCGGCCAAGCUGAAUUUGCAGGCGGAAAACGGUGCAGCCGAUUGCGACAAUGAAGAGCUGGGCGAUCGAGAGGAAACGUCGGACCCGGACAAAAAAGUUCCCCAAGAUGAGUGGAAGGACAACUGGGGCAUCAAAUGCGGCCUCUGCUCAAUCGUUGUGGCCAACAAGCCUGCAUUCGAAUCUCACUGUUCGGAGCUGCACCCCGACUUUACCCCUCUUUACCAGUGCUCGUAUUGCAACAAGGUGAUGGACCACUACUCCACCUUCAGAUCUCAUCGAUACAGACACGUCACGGAAGGAAGGUUCAAGUGCAGCUAUUGCACAAAAGGCUUUUCGGUGCGCUCCUUACUGCGGGUGCACGUCGAGUCAAAACAUGCCCAGAUCAAGCCGUACAUCUGCGAGACUUGCGGCAAAGGCUUUGGCACAAAACCAGGACUCAAACUGCACCUCCAGAAACAUAAAAUCUCCUUCAUCGGCAAGCAGUGGCCGUGCAACGUCUGCGGCAAAGUUUUGCUCACAAGUUCCGGGCUGAAGGCGCACUUGGCCGUGCAUGAACAGGGAAAGCGCUUCAUGUGCGAGCUGUGCGGAAAAACCUUCACUCAAAAGGUCAACAUGCAGCAGCACCUCAAAGGGCACACCGGCGAGAAACCCUUCACCUGCCACAUCUGCGGCAAGAGAUUUGCUGAGAAAUCUCAUCUAAACCGCCACUGCAGCUUCCACAGCGACGACCGGCCCUACAAGUGUGAUAUUUGUGGCAAAAUGUACAAGACUGAGCGUUGUUUGAAGGUCCACCUGAUGACUCACAAGGCCGAAAGACCGUGCAAAUGCAAGUACUGCGGCAAAGGAUUCCUCUCAAACAACAAACUUAAGCAACACUACAACAUCCACACUGGAGACAGACCAUUCAGCUGCAAAUUCUGCGAGCGAACCUUCACCAACUAUCCCAACUACCUGAAACACACCAAGCGGCGGCACAAAGAAGAAUUUGCCCAAAUGGGAGGCUCCCUUGCCAAUCACGACACCAAGAGACGUCAAGAGCAGGCGGCUCAAAAGGCCAAAACUGAAGCUGAAGAGAAGAGGCAGCAGCAGCAGAUUCCAGUUGUCCAUCCCACCUCGACGGUGUGCAAUCCUGUUGUCCCCGAAGCGGCGGUGGCUGCCGACAGCAUUGACAUGGUGCUUCCGUGCGCUCAUGAUGAAAACCUGAUCAAGUACGAGCAGCAGAUGGAGCAGCCGAUGAUGAGCGAAGUCAUGUUCCCUGUGCAGAACGGCGUCGAAAUCAUGCCUGUGUACCAAAUGAACCAGCUCUACUACCAGGACAACUACAACGCUUUGCCACUUUGACGACUGAACAAGAAGGAAAGAAGAAAACAUUCCAUAAUUUAAUUUUAAACUAAUGUGCUUAAAAAAAAGUAAUAUUUUUCUAUCUCACGUAUUGAAACUUUGAAUGUAUUUCAGACAAUUGACAGGUGUUUUGAAGUAUGGGAAUUGCUCUCGAGUUCAGAGCAGAUUCUUGACUGAGCUUUAGCGUUAAGAAAGGAAGUAUUUUGCAGCUUUGUUCUGUCCACACAAAAAACUCGUCCAUCAUUUUGCCGGGCGAGUUAAAUUGCUGGAGCAGAAAUGCCAAAGGAUGUAAUAUAUAAUUGAAAUGAAAAAGCUUCAAUUUUGUAAUCUCUUUAAAGGGAGGCGAUGGAAACAAAGUAUUUUUGUAAGAAUCAAUUGAGGUUGUAACAUGUUGUUCUUCAACUACUGAUUUUUUCUUUGUAACGAGAGAUUAGUAAAUAGUGAACUCCCAAAACAGUGGUGCAAGAUGAAUUUGUUUAAGGCAAUUUUGCUGGAUUAGAAGCUUCAAUCCAGUGACAAAUUAAUUGUAUAUGUUCAUUUUUAAACAAAAAUGAAUGAAUUUUGAUAUGCUUGAAAAUGGACCUAAAUUUAAUUGCUAGUAAGGAAUCCUUAAUUAGUGUAAUUAUAUAAAAUAAAUAUACUUUAUAUUUUUCAAUCAUAA